AGGAGGCUUCAACACGACAAUAGAUUACCUAUUCAACCACGCGGAUGUUUGCUAGCGAAUUUAAACCCGAAACAUUGGAGCACUUUAGACCAAUCUUGUGUAUAUUACUCGUAGUGUUUUGAAUAUAAUUCUGUUUUCCUAUCUACUGGGUCAUUUAAACGUAAUUUUCUUGUUAAAUUUGCAAAUGUGUUAAAUUGAUACUGCAAUAGGCUAAUCGCCCGGAGCAUGAGCUCACUAAUCUCGACGGAGAAAGAAGCUCUGAUGAAAGGAGAGGAAGAAGCUUUCAGGAUGAUAAAGGAGGAAGAGGAGGCUAUCACAUUGAAAGAAGAAGAGGAUGUUAUUACAGUGAAAGAGGAAGAUGGGAAAGAGGUUGUCAGAGUAGGAGAGGAGGUAGAAUCUUUAACAAUGAAAAAGGAGGAAGAUGCCAUAACAUUGAAAGAAGAGGAAGAACCUUUUGGAGUAAAAGAGGAAGAGGAGGCUACCUCAAUUAAAGAGGAGGAGGAAGACGUUUUGGGAGUGAAAGAGGAGGAGGCUGAAGAUCCGAUUAACACCAGAGAGAGACAUGACUAUUGUGGAUCCUCUAGGGAGCCUCAACAACAUCCUGAUCCUGCUGACGAGGAAGAGAAGAGUCUCUCCAGAUCAGAACACCAGAUGGACAACGCUAGCCCUUCCUCCCUCCCGGAGUCCCUGUGUCAUGCCUCUCCCGGUAGCACCUUACUGCUGGGUAUGAAGAUGUUGUCUGUGCUGCUUGUGGACUGCAGGAAAACAACGGGGCUGAAUGGAACUGUGAGAGAAGUGAAGAAAGGAUCAGAUUUGACUCAUCGAAGAGAAAGACCAGACUCAGAGGAACCAGAGCCAGGGACGUCCAAACCAGCAAGACAACACCAGUGUUCCCACUGUGGAAAGGGUUGUAACCACUUAAAUGAGCUUAAACGACAUGAGAGAAUACACACAGGGGAGACGCCUUACCACUGUUCCCAGUGUGGAAAGAGUUUUAACCAGAAAGCAAACCUGAAAGCUCAUGAGAGAAUACACACAAGCGGGAAGCCUUACCGCUGCAUGCAGUGUGGAAAGAGUUUUCGGCAUAAAAGAAACCUGAAAACUCAUGAGAAAAUUCACACAGGGGAGAAGCCUUACCACUGCAUGCAGUGUGGAAAGAGUUUUAACCAGAAAGGAAACCUGAAAGCUCAUGAGAGAUUACACACAGGGGGAAGCCUUACCACUGCUCGCAGUGUGUAAAGAGCUUUAACCAGAAAGCAUACCUGAAAGCCCAUGAGCAAAUUCACACAGUUGAGAAGCAUUACCACUGCUCCCAUUGUGGAAAGUGUUUUAACCAGUUAGGGCCCCUGAAACAACAUCAGAGAAUACACACAGGAGAGAAGCCUUACCACUAAUGUGUUUACCUGUUUUUACCAGAUGAAAUUGCUUCUUCCAAUUAUUGAUAAACAUGUACCUGUUAAGAAACUGACUGUUAGAAUUGUUAAGGCUCCAUGGAUUGAUAAGGAGUUUAGAAACUGUAUGUUUGAAAGAGAUGGGGCAAAAGGAGUGACUAAUAAGUAUGGCUGCACAUCUGUACUGCAAAUUGAGAAAUGAUGUGACCAAACUCAACAAAAAUAAUAAACUUUAUUAUGAACCCAAGAUCAAUGAUAUAAAGAAUGAUGAAAAAAAUGUAAAAAAAGAAGGGCACAAAUACAAUGCUAUUUCUC